CGUCUUUUGUAAACCUAUGAGGUUUUGUUAAUUCUAGGUAAAAUGGCUGCAACUAAGGCUCAAUCUAGUCUCUCACCACAGUCUGGAAUGCAGGCUGUUGAUUUGACCAAAUUGAAUCUGAUGCAGCUGACCCAAUUCAAGAACGGGUUGGAUACUGAUAUCCAGUUCUACCAGGAGUCAAUUCAAAACCUUAAACAUGCUCAAACUAAAUUUCAAGAGUCUGGAGAGAGUAUGGCCAGGAUGAGUCCUGACGCGGAGGGAAAGGAUAUCCUAGUGCCUCUGACAGGUUCAAUGUAUGUUCCUGGUACUCUGGUUCAACCGGAGAAAGUUAUUGUUGAUGUAGGAACCGGAUACUACGUAGAGAAGGAUAUCACUGCUGCUAAAGAUUAUUUCCAAAGAAAGGUUAAAUUCGUGACGGAGAAUAUGGAACGUGUCCAGAUGAUUGGCAGUGAAAAGGCUAAAAUUAGGGAUCUCGUGAUGGACGUUAUGCAGGAGAAACUUCAAUCUCAGUUUUCACAGAUGGCUCCAGCUAAAGCUAGCUCCUAGUUAAACCUUUAAUUUAAUGUUCGCCGCGUUAUUUAACAAUUUUAUUAAUUUUUCUUAACUUUACUUUUUGAUUAUAAUACUCUUCGGUCUUUUUUUUACAUUCUAAUAUUGAAAACUUUAAUCCCUAUAAAUUUCAGAA